CGUUUUCCCCUUCGCCUUCCUUCCCCUGCACACCACACCGCCUCCAAACAAAAUCCAAAACCACCACCACCACCACAACCGGCUUCCCUCUCGCCCUCGUUCGGGAGCCUAGGGUUUUGGGAAGUCGUUCGAAGGCGGAAGGCCUCGGUGCCUCGCUUGCCAGUGCAAUGGCGGAAACGGGAGCGAGGGAGCCGGAGCCGGAGCCGGUGACGCCGCCGCCGCCACCGGCGCAGCAGGCGGAGGAGACCCAGGCGGUGGACGAUCGGCGGAUGUUGCGCUCGCAGUACCACGCCGUGAAGGGCCUUAUCAGCGAUGAGAAGGACGACAUGGCGAGCGUGGACUCUGAUAAGUUCUGCUCCAUUAUCAACAAGGUGGAGAGCCUGCACCAGCAUGUUCAGAGGCCUAGGGAGCAAAUAGCUGACGCAGAAACUCUGCUGGACCUUACGGCUAGUUUGGUAGCAUCAGUAAGGUCCCAAUCAGUUUUGGGAAUCACACCUUCUGAUUUUAUUGCUGCACUGCUGAAGAAAUAUGGAAAGAAAAGAGGUCCCAAUGAUGAGAAUGUUUCAUUGGACUGGGCUCGUCUUGGGCUUGCAACAUCACAUGUUUUCAUGUCUGCAUCUGGAUGUGCCACCAUGGUUGGUCCCAUGAAAACAGAAGUGAAGCCACGAAGAGUUUGUGUUAGGAGAAAGAGGACUGCAAGGCCACGUGGAAGCGCUUGCCCUGAACAGCUUGCUGAUCCAUCUGAGAAAACGAAGUCUGAUACUGACAAGAAUAUGUCUAUUAUAUUUGAUCUCCUGAGGAGGAAGAAAAAUGCAAGGCUGGAACACCUUAUUUUAAACAGGACAUCAUUUGCCCAAACAGUGGAGAACAUAUUUGCCUUGUCAUUCCUUGUGAAAGAUGGAAGAGUUCAAAUCAAAGUCAAUGACGAGGGACAUCAUUUUGUCUAUCCAAGGAAUGCACCUGCAGCUAGUGAUGUUGCCUCAGGAAAUGUGGUCUAUAGCCACUUUGUCUUCCGAUUUGAUUUCAAAGACUGGAAGCUCAUGAAAGGAGUUGUUCCAGAGGGGGAAGAGCUUAUGCCGCACAGGUCCUCUGAGACCAUAGCCAACACAGGAGGAAAUCAUACUGAGGCCAAGGAGCCCUUGGCCACACCAAGCACAACAAUUAGGAAACUCUGCAGGAACCGGGGCCUGGUCUCGCAAGAUGAGAUGGUUGCGAUAGGUGUACAUGGAGUCAUGGAAAAUGAGACGGGAGCCAUGGGCGCGAACGGGGCCAUGGAUGAUGAGGUGGUAGCUGCCAUGGGUGCGAAGGAAGCUGCGGGAGUGGCAACUGGAGCGGAGGAAGUCAUGGGAGACAAGAUGGUAAUGGAGCGGAAGGACGUGAAGCUGACGUACAAGCGCAGGCGUCUGUUCCAGGACGCCUGAUGCCCUGAUCCAGCUGAUCGAGGCUGGUGGUGUACAUGUCUAGGUACUAGGUAGAGAACUAGAGAUGCCAACCCUGCUCACUUCAGCUUAGCUUACCUUAGAUGCAUUUGGGUAAAGCACCCCCACUGGGCAUGGGUCGUGGUGGCUUUUGGAAUUGUUUGGGCGCCACAUUGUUUUGGAGGUGUUUUUAGUGUUAGUUUUUGACGUACUUAGGCCCGAAGUAACCAGUCAAGAACUCAAGAUGCUGGAUGCUUCGGUUGACUUGCAGUGCUGAUGCUUAGUUAUGUCGGUUGAACAAGUUCGCUAAUCGCUACUAGUCUGGUGCUCGUGCUGUGAACUUCUAAAGGUGCUCGUGCUGUGAACUUCUAAAGGUGCUCGUGCUGUGAACUUCUAAAAGAUGCUCUGUUCUCGAACCGAUGGUUUGAGAACUUGACCCA